AUGUCUUCGGCCAACUCAUCAUACUCGGCCGUUAAUGAUGCUCCAGUUGAUGAAGCUGUCAAUCACAGGACGGUAAACAAUGACCAGUGCGGACUCGUGCUGCCAGACGAAGCUUUCUGGGGUAAACAUCAUUCGAUAUUCCUCCGCUACACAAUGCCUGUGUACAAUGUUGACUCCGAACUGUUCUCGAGCCUAGAGAAUCAAGUUGUUGUCUUGACGGGUGGCGCCCAUGGUGUUGGAGAAUCAGUUGUCACUACACUGUAUAGUGUGGGGGCACACGUAGUUUUUGGCGACACUGAUGAGACUGCUUGCGUUCAGCUCAUACAAAGGUUGACCAAGAGUCAUCCUUUGAGCACUGGCUCUUUGGCUUUCCGACGUGCCGAUGUCAGACAAUAUGAAGACAACCUCGGACUCUUCCAAGACGCCUUUUCUCGCCAUGGACGCGUGGACCAUGCUAUGUCAAUUGCUGGAGUAACAGAGGGUCAAAACUGGUUUAAUCCUAGCCUGGACCUGAGUUCAAUUGUAGCGCCUCCGUCAACGUCCGUGUUGGACAUUAACCUACUUGGCGCUCUCUACUUUGCUCGCAUAGCGGCGGUGUAUCUACGCCAGGGUCCCGAUUCUGGCCGCGAUAAGUCUCUCAUGCUCACUGGCUCAUUGGCAUCCUUCAAGGAGCAGCCUGGUUUAUGUGUAUACCAGCCUGCGAAGCACGGGGUGCUUGGCCUCUUCAGAGCUAUCCGCAAGAAUCUCUCCUCCCGGGGCAUCCGGAUAAAUCUACUUUGCCCUGGACUUAUUAGCACUGCCAUGUCGACAAAGAUUCAGCACAUCUGGGAAGAAAACAGACUGCCUAUAAAUACGGCUAAUCAGGUAGGAGACUACGCCCUGAGUCUUAUUUCUAAGGGACAGCAGAAGGAUGGAUCAAUCAGGACAGGGCUGGCCAUUUAUGUGGAGGGAGGGAAGGGGUGGGAGUUUGAGUCAGAGCUUGAUAGACUUGAUGAAGAGUGGAUGGGCGCUGAAAUGGCUCGCAACUGUGUUGAGAUAAAUCGAGUGCUUGGUGUUGGAGCGGCGUGGACCACCGAGAGGCCCAAGAUCUAA